UCUUUUAAGGUCAUUAUACAUGUUUUGUUCACAGUUUUUGGUUUUUAUAUCGACUUGGGACAACCAGAAAUGAGUACAUAAAAUAAGUUUGAAGCUAAAGGAUUUAAUCUCAAAUUUCGUGCUUUACAGGACAUUGAACUAAAGAGCAGACAGCAGAACAAAUGCCAUAUAUGAAUUCCCCAGGGAACCUUGAACAGAUGUCUCUGGACAUAAAAUGGGAUCCACAGGCAGUCGAAGUCCAUACAAAGUCCAUACAACUGGCUCUAGAACCCCUUGUGAACAAAGUGACUGCCCUUAUGAACACAAACGGAGACUCGGGACUCAAGAAGGGAAAAUCCAAAAACGCCCAUGUAUUAUCUCUAGCAAUUGAAAGAGCAACUGCUGAGUUUAUAUCAAAGGCAGAGCAAAUCGCAAAAGAGAACCCGGUUGUGGAAAAUGAUAUCAUGAAAGCUCUUGACGAUGUCAAGUCUUCGGGCGAUAAAAUGCGAGUUGUGACUACUGAUUUCUGCGAGGAUCCCUUGUCGGCCAAUGUUCGGAAACAUCUCGUGAAGGCUUCACGAGAGCUUCUUUCGGCAGUUACAAGACUUCUUAUCAUUGCUGACAUGGUUGACGUCCAUGUUCUAUUGAACUCCUUGAAAGUAGUGCGGGAGGAUUUAGAUACAAUGAAAAAGGCGAAUUCGCAGCAAGAGUUGACAUCGAAGUUUCAAACGUUUGGUGAAGAUAUGAUGGAAUUAGAUCACAAGGCAUAUUACAGACAAAUGGACCUGAAAGAUCCGCAGCAAAGAGACGACAUGGCAUCUGCGAGAGCAACGAUGAAGAAGAAUAGCAUGAUGUUAUUGACUGCUUCUAAAGCAUACAUCAGUAACCCGAACGCGCCCGAAGCAAGAGGCAAUCGUGACUUUGCAUUCGAACAAAUGGAAAACGCCGUGAACACUAUUGGUAAAGUGACAACUAACAAGCCAUCGGGGGUUAAUAGAAACAAAGAUGGGCCCGGGUUCUUAGCUGCAGCAAUGGACGAUUUUGACCGCAGAUGUGUUACGGAUACCGCAACUUAUAAGGAUUCGGUAUCAAGGCCUGUUCUGGAAAAGCGACUGGAGACCAUAAUAUCUUCUGCUGCUCACAUGGCCGACCGGCCGAAUACACGGGACGCGAGACGAGAACGAAUCGUAAACGAAUGCAAUGGAGUUCGUCAAGCAUUACAGGAUCUGUUGAGUGGCUACGAGAAAGAUGCGGGAAAGACCGAGCAGAGUCGAGAACUGGAAUUGAAGCUGGGUAAAACGCAGAAAAAGUCCAAAGACUUGAGACGUCAGUUACGACGAGCAGUUGUUGAUCAUGUGUCGGAUUCAUUCGCCCAAACCGACGUCCCGAUUCUAAUGAUGUUUGAAACGGCAAAACAGGGAAAUGGUAAAUUGUUUCCAGAUUUCGCCGCUGUUUUUGAGGAGCAUACGAAGAAAAUCAUUGAGGUAGCGGAUCUCGCUUGUACAAUGAGUAGCGACGUAGAAGGCGUGAAGUUGGUACGGUAUUCAGUUCGGGAAAUUGAAACACUGUACCCUCAAGUCAUAAAUGCGGCGAAGAUUCUGAGCAUAAGUCCUCGAAAUAAAGUGGCCAAUGAAAACAUGGAGGUGUUCAAAGCUGCAUGGGAAACGCAAAUGAGAAUUCUGAUUGCUUCGGUUGAUAAUAUUCUGACGAUUGAAGAUUUCUUGUCGGUUUCUGAGAGUCACAUGUUGGAUGACGUAAACAAGUGCGUGUUCGCACUGCAAGACAGGGAAGGCGAAGAAUUGGACAAAACAGCGGCGGUGGUUCGAGGUCGAGCUAACAGAAUCUGUCAUGUAGUGAGUCAAGAAAUGGACGCUUUGCAGCCCAGUGCAUACACAGACGAAACUAUGCAGGCAGUGUAUGCGUUUCGAGAUAAUAUCAUGCCUCAUUAUAGUAAGGUGGUUGAGAAUGCGAUGGAGAGUCUGGCUGUGAAUAAGAGUGGGACUAUGGAUGAGAAUGAGUUCAUAGAUGCCUGCAGAUGGGUCUACGACGGGGUACGUGAGAUCCGCCGAUGUGUGUUGCUCAACCGAGCGUUCGACGAAUUGGACUCGGACAGUGACUUCGACGAAGAGGCGGAACGAGAACGAGCAAGAACUCAAUCCCAGUCGGCUUCCAUGAACCACUCGGCUGGAACAGGAAACCACAAUGGGAACAGUCGCAGAGGCAGUAGGACUCACACUUCUUCGGCAACAUUUCAAGUGAACAAUGGAGACACUCUGAGUCAGCCGAGGUCUAGGACUGCCAGUAUGAGUGGGGAGGGGGCGGGGCCGCCCAUGAGUGCUGAGGAGUGGCAACAGAGCAUAGAGGACAACCAAGUGAACAGGGCGAUGAUGAGGUCUCUGCCAGAGGAGGAGAAGCAGCAGAUCGCGGCAGAGGUGGCAGUGUUCAAGCAGGAAAAGGCGAAGUUGGAUGCGGAGAUCACCAAAUGGGACGAGACAGGAAACGACAUCAUCACCCUCGCCAAACAGAUGUGCAUCAUCAUGAUGGAGAUGACAGACUUCACCAGGGGUCGUGGUCCUCUGAAGACGACUAUGGACGUUAUCGGGGCUGCCCAAAACAUCUCGCAACUGGGCAAAAAAAUGGUGGAGUUGGCUGGUGAGAUUGUGGAACAAUGUGUCCAGUCCAGGACCAAGACUGAUCUGCAGAACUACUUGAAGAAUAUAGUACUCUACACACAUCAGCUCAACAUUACUAGCAAGGUCAAAACGGACAUCACGCAGAUCGGCGGCGAAAUGGUCCUGUCGGGACUUGAAUCCGCAAUCUCUCUCAUCAGCUCAGCUAAGAACCUAAUGCAGGCAGUCGUGCAAACUGUCAAGGCAGCUUACGUGGCAUCCACCAAGUAUAGAGGCGGAGCGAAUAGUACUUCCGCUGUUGUCGUGUGGAAAAUGCGAGCACCCGAGAAGAAACCUCUGAUCAGGCCGAUCAUGCCAGAUGAAGCGAAUCCAUCGAUCAUACGGAAGGAGUCAAAACAUGUCGUCCAUCCUGUAAGGGCUUUGGGUGAAUUUAGAUAGAUCAAGUUGGAAGAAGUGAACAUUUUAAUGGACUCCCUCUCUGACAGAUAACAUAUUAUCAGUGAGAUUAAAUAUUUAGAUGAUUAACCAGCUCAUUUGUAAAAUAGUUUGAUUCAGUGUCAAUAAACAAAAUGAACACACUCAUUUAGGUCGUGUUUUUGUACGUUUUGCAUGAAAAAAGUAAAACCCAAAUUCGUUUUUUUUCGUGGUUUGAUUUGUUCAUUGCUAAAAUCUUUUAAAGUUCGUCUGCUAUAUGUGAGGCAAAUUAUGUUCU